AUGAACCUGCUUGGUGGGAAGGAUGACGAGGAAAAUGCCGUUUUCGCGGACAAUGAUGGGUGUUCGCUUGUUUUGAUUAUGGGAGAUAAUAAGGAUAGGAAGGACACCCGAAAAAAGGAGUACCCCAGUGAAAAGGAGUACUCGUCGAAAAAUGCGUACAGCGGUAAAAAGGAGUACACCUCGAAAAAUGCGUACACCGGUAAAAAGGAGUACACAGAAGAAAAUGUGUACCCCGGUGAAAACGCGUACACCGGGUGCAAAGCCAACCAAGGGGAGGCCAAUAAAAACGACGAAAACGUGGUAGAGUGUGGAAAAUCCAGAAAAAACGAAGAGAGAGUGAUCACAGGAAUGAUAAAAAUCCUUGAGGAAAUGAAAGAGAGCGAUGAUACAUCUGAUGCUGUAAAUCCUGGGAUCAACCCAGAUGGUCAUCAGCAAAGUGCCGAGUACGCCACGCAAGUGCAAAAUGGAGAUGAAGUUAAGCGGAAUACGUACCCACGUAAAGACGACACCAAAUUGCAUGUAGGGUUGGAUUACUCCACUUUCUACCUUGACACCCCGUAUAAAAUUAUUAAGUGCAUGAAUAAAGGCAGCCAUUUUCUUUUCUGGGGUAGUGACACACUGUGUGGCCAAAGUGAUCAAGUCACAAAAGAAUUUAAAAUGAACGAAAUGAAAAAAAAUAACAGCGAAGAGUUAAGAAACAGUAGGUUCAUUUUUUUUGACAGGAAAAAGAAACUACUCGUGCUAAAGUACAACAUCAGGAGUAAUAGUUUUAAUUACAUAAGUGAAAGUGACCCUAUUUAUAUGUACUUUCAUCAAUUACAUGAAAAGAAAUUUUUAGAUGAUAAUAUUAUUAAAGAAAAGAAAAAUUCAAUUUUAAUUUACCCGUACACAUAUGUGAAAAUAUGGGAAAGCUUAACUUGCUACAUUAACGAGGAGGUAAUAAAUAAAAUUGAGCCAGUCAAUAAAACCUUUUGUUCCUCCUUUUUGGAAGCUAAGGAGGAGGAAGAAGAAAAAAAAAAAAAAAAAAAAAAAGUGGGUGCAGAUUUGCUUAGGGAGGAAGAGAUGAAUCUAUGCAAUCAGCCCUACAUGUUUUAUUCCGUCAUUCCGAGGUACCCCUCAAGUAAGACUUACCCAAACGAGGGGAGAGUCAGUGGCGGUAGUCGGCGUAAGAAGGAAGACAAUUUAGGGGUGAAUAGUACAGAGAUUGAAGGAGCAGGCGGUAUCAAUAUGGAGGAUCACAGCGUAGGAGGUGUCAAUGUAGAGGGUGGACAUUUGACAUGUUCGGAUGUAUCUGUCGGUGUUCAUGAGGUUGUGUCCGACGAGCCUCUCAAUUUCCAUCUGGACAGUGCGAAUGAGAGCUACUUCGAACGUAUCGAUGUAGACUCCAAACAUAAGAAGUAUGUGCCAUCCGACUUAACCAUCAUACAUCUGGAGAAGUAUUGGAUUUUGAAGGAGAUAAUUCAGCAAGAGUAUACAUACGUGUAUUAUGAGAAUGAAAAGAAGGAAGGUUUUCACAAGUUUGAAAAUAAGCUUUUCUACAUUUUGGGCGAAUUCCAGUUUGCCUAUAUUCUCUUCCAUUUAGGUUUUAACUAUCAAUCCUUCGUUCAGUGGCGGAAGCUUUUUGAGCUCCUUUCCAAUUCCCAGCACUUGGUGACAAAUUUUCCAGACUUCUUCGAAGAAGCCUUAAGAGUCAUUUCUAUCCACCUAAGCUACCUGAGUGAUGAUUUUUUUGACAACACUGAAAACAGUUUUAUUCUUUUUGGAGUUUACAACAUAUACGAAAUAGUUAGUGGCGUGGGGGAGGUGCAUGAGGGAAUAACGAAUGUGAUGAAUUCCAUAGAUUCUAUAAUUUACGCAAAGCUGGGGUUACAUUUGCCCGACUUGUCCUUUGUGUAUGAAGAAUACCAGCCUACAUACGUAGAUGACGAUUAG